GAAAGCCAAAGCGGCAUAGCUGGGUAGAAUAGUGUAUAGAAGAAGAUGAGCAUGGAGAUGAAGGUGGUAUGCGUGACUGGUGCCUCCGGCUUCAUAGCUUCUUGGCUCAUCAAGCUUUUGCUUCACCGUGGUUACACCAUCCACGCCACUGUUCGCAAUCUUAGUCAAUCCAAGGUGGCUCAUCUUCUUGCAUUUGAUGGUGCCAAGGAAAGACUGCAUUUGUUUGAAGCCGACUUGCUUGAAGAAACCUCUUUUGAUCCUGCAAUUAAUGGAUGUCAAGGUGUUUUCCACAUAGCAUCACCUAUUUCUUUUUCACCAUCUGCAACUAAGGCAGAACUAGUGGAUCCUGCAGUAAAAGGGACACUAAAUGUUCUUGGAUCUUGUGCAAAAGCAGCUUCCGUGAAAAGGGUAAUUGUGACAUCCUCAACAGCUUCAGUUAUGUUUAAAAGAAAUCCUAUAAGUCCCGAAGAAGUAGUAGAUGAGACUUGGUUUUCAGACAAAGAAUAUGCAGAGAAAGCAAAGCAAUGGAAUGUCCUGUCAAAAAUCCUUGCCGAGGAAGCUGCUUGGAAAUAUGCAGGAGAAAAUGGGAUUGACUUGGUAGUAUUGCAUCCUACAAUUGUAAUCGGUCCUAUUUUACACCCAACUCUUAACUUUUCAAACGCAUUGUUUCUUGACCUCAUAAAAGAAGGUAAGGAAGUAAUGCCUACUGGAAUCUAUACUUUUGUUGAUAUUAGAGAUGUUAUAAAUGCACAUAUCCAAGCACUUGAGUUACAAUCUGCUAGUGGAAGAUACUGUUUGGUUGGGACAACAAUACACUCUUCUCAAGUUUUGAAGAUUGUAGGCGAGCUUUACCCUUCUCUUGCCAUUCCUGAGAAAUAUAAAGAUGACUUGUCUGAAGUACGAACAUACCAAGUAUCUCAGAGAAAGGCAAAGAGCUUGGGCAUCACCUUCACUUCUUUUGAUGUGAGCCUUAAGGAUGUUGUUGAAUGUUUAAAAGAGAAAAAGUUCCUGGGCUUCUAAUUCUUUGGCUUCUUAUUAAAGCAUGAAGAGGAUGUUGCAGCAAUCUAUUCAAGAGACACAGCGACAAAUUAUAUUAUGGAUCACCGCCGAUGUAACAGUGUGUACUAUGGAGUAAAAUGAUAUCGUUUGAUUUUAAUUUCUUUUAAAAAAAUUGUUGUUGUAAAACCAAACCUAUCCUCGCGUGGACAUAUAUAAUAAUAUACAGUAAAGUAGAGAAUAGAUACUAGAUACAGAGAGAACUAUCAAUCCUUUAUUAUUCAUCAGUCAAUCUAAUAAAGAAUGAAGACCUAUAAUCAUAAUAUAAUACCAUUGGACAUUAUUUAUUUA